UGUAUUGCUUGUUUUUAAUCUUCUGAGGAAAAAAGCCUCAUUGAUUUAAUAGGCAUCAUAGAAAUAUGAUACGUUUGCAUUUCACCUCUAUUUUAUAAUUAUAAGUGUUUACACUGCUGCCUCUGCCAUUAUGAUUGCAAGAUGGAUUGAAAGCCGCUGAAAAAUACAGCCACCAGAUUUAUAAUAAUAUAAUAAUAGUAACUUUAUUUCAUGAAGAUAACUCAUUAAGUUACAAAAGUAUAUUGUUUACAAUAUGGUCUUCAAUGGAUUCUACAAACAUAUAAGUAUACAUUUCUCAUUCAAACAAUAGCAAACAAGACGAGAUUCAAACACAACAUUUACAAUGUUCAUAAUUAUGAAAGAAAUCUCAUUUAAACAAACAAUUUGUAAAGACAAUCAUUCACUAAAGUCAUUGUUUUGUCAUAAGGUGUUGUUUUUUUUAAAUGUGAUUUGAAUGCAAAUAAAGAUGAUGAUUCUCGGAUAAAUAGCGGGAUAUAAUUCCAUACAGAUUUCCAUUGAUGAUUUGGUCUUUAAUUGGUUUUAUAAAUUAAUAUGGCACUAAACCACAGCCAAGGUUAUGCCAUAUUAAUGGCUUAGUUAAGCCAGGAUUAUGUUACUUUAAAAUUUCAAUUAUGUUCUAAAAUAAAAGGAUGUGUAAUCUUAGCCAAUCUUUUUUGGAAUUACCUUUGUUUGUUAUAUUGCAGAGUAACAGCAUGUAAUAUUUCCUGUACAUGUGUAUGAGCAUUAAUUCUAUCAACUGGGAUUUUAUUGUAUUAAAAAUUGUGUAAUCUUGCUUUAAAUUCUCCAUUUGGAAAUAAAAAAAUGAAAUCGUUUUCUCUUUUAAAAAGAUUAGUUUGUUUAACAUGUGUACAUGUUAUGACAUAAAUUUAGCAUGUAAUAUGGUGUAAUUUUAUGUUAUAUAUUUGAUACACAAGCGUUGAUCACUGUGGGAAGACAUUUGAAAUUAUAGGGCCAAGUUUCGAACAGUUUAAUGCAGUUUCAUCUUUAAGUCCUAUGCAAACAUUUUAUCAUGCCAUAAAUACAGAUAGAUGUCUUAGCAUUAACUUUAUUGAUUCUUUUUUAUCAAAAUAUCUUAUUUAGGAUACACAGCUUAAAAAUUAAGCAGCACUUGGGAUGCAGGGCUUAAUGAAUUAAUGUCAUCUUCUAAUCUGUAUAAUAGCAUACAAAUAUAUUGUAAAUGAUCACAUGACCAUUAACCUUAGAUAACAUACUGUUACUAUUGCUUUACAUUGGAGAACCCAAACCAUGACAGAAGUUGCAUACCUGAAUUAGUAAUUUUCUCGCUUUCAGCAAAACUUUGUAAUUUUAUUGCUUGAACCGGCUUAAGCUUAUCUGGGUGGUCGAAUUAAUGACAACAAGCUUUGAAAUUUAAAGAUAACCUCUCGAUGUGUUGUCCUACAAUACAUAAAAUUCAUAAUGUAAACAAACUACUUUAUUUACAUAUGCACCGUUGAGCGCUUGCCAUUUCUUAUAUUAGCAUUGCUCUUAAAUGAGUGGGGUUCUUCAUUUGCUGAAAUUGUUGAGUGGCCUUCUUGUUUAACUUUUUUGUUAAACAGACCUAAAACAUGAACACUGUCUAUGAAUUUAAAUAUUGUACUUAAAAUGAAAAUGAUAAAGAUAAAUCUUUCAGCAGAUAUACAUAACCAAUUAUAAAAAUUGUGAUCUUAUUAAAUUAUAAUAUAAACAAAAAAAACUUAAAUGUAUUUGAUUUCUUUAUUUCAUUGAUGUGUUGAUUUUACUUCUAUUGCAGUGCACUUUAUAGUGUCACUUAUUUUUUUUAUUUUUUUUCAUUUAAAUUCCUGGCCUUAUUCUUUAUAAAAAAAUUGUAAUAAAAGUGGGUGUUUUAACCGCAAAUUAUAUGGAUGCAAGUACCAAUGUAGUGUUUUGUUUUUGUUUUAUUUUUAAUUGUAUUAUGACGUUUGACGGUUUCCAUGUCAUAAUUCUGUUUUAAGUGUUUACAGUCCUGUAGUGAAUAACACCCUCUGUAUAACAACUAUUGACUAGAUAUUUCCAUUAUUUCACUCCACCAUUAUUUGAAGAUAAUGAAAUUUUAAAGCCCUAUAAUCGUCUUUAUGCCUUUCUCUUACUAUUCUUCAUUAUUCGUAUAGUAAAACUUAUUGUUUGUUUUCUAUCGGGGACCGACACUGCAAUCUGGCUAUAGUAUUGUAGAUAUUAAUAUUUUUCCAAUAUCCUGAUCACUUUAGGAGAUAAUUCCUACUCUAGGUACUGUACUUUCAAUGUCUAUGCAGGGAAGAUCAGAAAGUGAAAUAGGUAGAUCUAGACGGUGUUAAAUUUGGUGGCUUGGAUUUAAUGUGUUACAUUUUGGAGUUAAAAUGAAAUUAAAAUUGUAAAAAAAAUUGGAUUGAAUUGUCAGAAUGCCUCAUAAACAGAGGCACGGGAUUGCGGUGGCCGAGCCGAACGACUUUGAGAAGCAGCACCGGCCCUUAUCCUUCCAGCAUCUCCCACCACUCAGCGCCAGAGAGCCUGCAUUUAGUGAGCGACCACAGAUUUUGGAGCGAGGCUCCUGGACAAAAGCAGCUCCGAUAAAGGAGAAGAAACACCAUUGUCAUGUGAGUGACUCAAUCGGAAACAACUACAGCCCCUCUGCCAGGAAUCUCACAUCUUCCUACAUAUACCAGAGCUACAAAGGACAUUACACUGGGGAGGAAAGUUACUACCUGACCCCGAGGUUACGGACAUUCUCCCCACCCCCUCCCCUAGAAACAAAUGGCUUCCUUACUGUCCGGGCUCCAAAACAUAUGCUUCCAGCCUCCAACGGCCACCCAUUCACAGACUCCACUAACUGGAUAUACGGCAUCAAUGGACGACGGAAAUCUGCCGUAUCAUUUAAAUCAGAGCCUGACUUCAAGGUGCAAGGAUACACAACUCUGCCCCCGCUACAGAGCACAUCCGGGCUGGGCAGUGACCUUGAUACAAAUGUGGGCUCCUUAGGCAUGAGGUCUGCAGAGUCAGAUCAUGGGGGAAGACAGGGGCCUAUGAAGGGGGCCCCCAGUGUGUCAGACAGCUAUGACUCCGGGGUGGGGGCCUGCGGUUAUGCUCCUGAGAUGACCCCUGUGCCAGAGGUCACGGAAGAUACCAAUGGUCACAGCAAUGGACACAAUGGAGAGGUUGAUGUUCAACUUGACCUUUCUGGCCCUCCAGAUGACCUUGAUGAGUCCCCGGAGGUGAACAAGUACUGUGAUCUGUAUGAUGCCGCAAGUCGGGCUGUGCUCAAGGUCACAUUCCCUCCCUUCUACCACUCAACACACGGGCUUUCCCGACCGAGCACGCCCACACCCGAGGACAGGCAAAGGUACUACCAGCUGGUUGAAAGUGCAAUAGAACCCCACAUGGUGUCCUUUGUGGAGGAUUCCACCGUGAGAGGCAUCUACAGAUUUGUACCUGAUGCACUCUUAAAGAACCUGCCUCAGGCUAAGCGGGAGUUCAUUGAGGAGAUGCAGGAGGAUCGACGGUUUGCCAUCAAGAAGGCCAUUCUGGACUAUGUGCUGCUGGACAGCAAGGAACAGGAGCGGCUUGGCAUACCUGUACCUCACAAGCCAUCCAACUGUGCUGGUAGGUUCCAGUAUCCCUGGCACGAGCGGGUCAACGAGGUACGGGAGUUUAUAAGGAAGGACCUGUACAUCACACACCCAGCCAUGUAUACACUACUCUACCACUUCCAUGAAAAGUAUGGUAGUUUCCGGCUGAUAGACAUUCCUGGCCUGCGUUCGGUGAUGCCCAUUACAAUGCAAGGCUUCCUGUCACACGUGCAGGAGUCUACGAUGAGGGGCGUGACCCAUCUGCGAGAUGAUUGGCUCCCGGAGAGCUGUGCAAUCAUGGACAUGAGACGGGAGGAGGUGGAGUUGUGGAUGCCUCAUGAUGCUGAGGCCCUGCGGCGGGUGAAGAUGGACCACUUCUUCAACAGUGUAGCUUGCCUAAUGUCCAACCUCCUGCGCAGCACGGUUAAGAACUCUGUGUACGACCUUGUUGACCUUGUGGAGGAGUACUGGGAAGGGAACCGGUAUGACGGGGAGUAUAACAUCUUCCAGGGCCUCGCACUACCGCAUAAAAUACACCCUGUCAGGAUAUUUAUGAAAGAUGACAUGGAGGAUGUUGAAGCCAUUUUCUCCCCCUCAUUCCCGGACAUCUGUGACUUCUUCUACGCGAUUAUCGACUUCAUGGUGAUCAGUGUUGCCGAGCUGCCACGCAUUGAACACCUGUUGUUUGAAGCGGUGGAGAAUCUUGACAUCACUUUCAUCAAAACUGUUGCUGUGGGGGAAGAGAUUAUUGUGGAGGCAAAGGAUAGGAUCAAGACGGUCAUCUACGCAAACAGCCACGGCCCUCAGAAAUACCGGUCAAUCUACAAGCCCUACAAGCACCUGUUGUCUGUUGAGGCUGACAAGAAGAUUGAUAAGUUCCUGAGUCGGGACCGCUCCCUCCGCGAGUAUACCAAGGAGAUUGAGACACUCAAGAAAAUGGCCAAUGACAUUGCUUCCUUCCCAGUCCUUGUGCCCAUGUACUUCUUCCUGCUGGACUGCACUCAGUUCAACCAGUGGAUGAUAGACAGAUCCUGUCGGCUUGUUCAGCGAAUGGUGGACAACAUUAUAUCUAUUAGCGAAAAGUUCAACAGAAAAAUCUGCAGCCAAUACGACGGUAUUGUGAAAAGCAUUACAAAUCAGUCUGAGAAAACAGAUGAGCUUGUGGCGCAGAUGAAAUAUGUGGAGAGUCUUCGGGCCGGAGAACUCCUUCGGCUCAAGGAGAAGCAGGAGGUGGCUGCGGGCAAUCUGUUGUUUCUCAUGAACUACGGCGACCUGCCUAAGGAUGAUAUUCUACUCAACAACAACACUUUCUCCUGGGCUGAGAGAAUCAUGCCUAUGAUCACCAGCACAGAGUUGAAGUUGCAGCGGGAGCAUGACUACUACAAGAACAAGCUGUUUGAAUGGCAGCGCAACUUCCAGACACAGCUCGACGAGGUCGCCAAGAAACUUAAGGACUUCUCGCAGAAGAACGUGAUGGGACAGGCUGACCAGUACGUGGCAGAGUUACGCGACAUGCAGAGCAAGAUUGACUUCUUCCAGGAGGAGAAAGCAUUGAUCAACAGAGAAGAGAAUCUGUUGGGUAUCGAGACGAUCACGCCCUACCCACAGAUCCAGGAGUUCAUUGUACAGAAGGAGCCGUUUGACAAACUGUGGAACACUGCAGUACACUUCCACACCCAGUAUGAUAACUGGAUCGACGGUCCCCUGCUCAACGUGAAUGCUGAAGUUGUAGAGGAGGAGAUCCAACAAUUAUGGAAGACAGUGUAUAAGCUGAUCAAGAAUUUUGCUCAACAAGAACUGUGGGGCCCAAAGAAGGCCGCUGGCAACAUCAAAACCAAACUGCAGCAGUUCCAGAUCAACCUGCCACUGAUAAAUGCCCUGUGUGUCCCGGGGAUGAAGGACCGACACUGGGCCAUGAUGUCUGAGAAAGUCGGCUACAACAUCACACCCACAGAGGACACUAAGUUAAAGGAAGUGUUGAACCUCGGCCUUGAGAAAUACCUUGACAAGCUACAGUCCAUCUCCUCACAGGCCAGCAAGGAGUUUGCUCUCGAAAAUGCCUUGAAGAAGAUGAAGGGAGACUGGAAGAACAUGUUAUUCACGUUUGUACCGUACAAGGACAGUGGUAUCAGUAUCCUUGGAGCGCCGGACGAUGUACAGGUGUUGCUGGAUGACCACAUAGUGAAGACCAUGACGAUGAAGGGCUCCCCUUUCAUUGGUCCAUUUGAAGAGGAGAUCAACCAAUGGGAUGCCAUGCUGCACCGUAUGAAGGACACGCUGGACUCGUGGUUGAAGGUCCAGGCAGCUUGGCUCUAUCUGGAGCCCAUCUUUGGCUCCGAGGAUAUCCGCAGUCAGAUCCCCGUCGAGGGACAGAUGUUUGUGGAGGUGGACGGGCACUGGAAAACUAUAAUGGAGAAUGCAGUGAAGAACACAGAGGCCCUGGUGGUUGUAUCCCAGGAGAACAUGCUCGAGAGACUCAAACACUCUGAGAGCAUGCUGGAUGAUAUCCAGAGAGGACUGAACAACUAUCUCGAGAAAAAGAGACUUUUCUUUCCAAGGUUCUUUUUCCUGUCCAAUGACGAACUGCUGGAGAUUUUAUCAGAGACAAAGGACCCACUGCGGGUCCAGCCGCACUUGAAGAAAUGUUUUGAGGGUAUUUCCCAGCUGUCAUUUGAUCCUGACAAGGUCAUCACUGCAAUGGAGUCUGCGGAGAAGGAAGUCGUACAGUUCAGUGAGACCAUCAGACCAGCUGAUGCUAAAGGGCUUGUGGAGAUAUGGCUCUCCCAGGUUGAGCAGAAGAUGAAGCAAAGUCUGCGUGAGGUGAGCUUAAAGGCAACAGACGCAUACACGAAGAUCCCACGGAGGGAGUGGGUAUUACAGUGGCCCGGUCAAGUGGUCCUGGCUGCCUCACAGAUACACUGGACAGCAGAGGUCACCCAGGCUAUCAAUGGCCAGUUCCUGGGUCCGUACCUGCAGAAGAGUAACAAGCAGAUCGAUGAGAUUGUUAGCAUGGUGAGGGGCUCACUCACCAAGAUGGCUCGCAUAACUCUUGGGGCCCUCAUUGUGAUUGAUGUUCAUGCUCGAGAUGUGGUACAGAACCUGGUAGACAUAGAGAUCAAGGCUCCCCUGGACUUUGCCUGGAUCUCCCAGCUGCGUUACUACAGAGAGGAAAGCCUCAUCAAUGUCCGGAUGAUCACCACCACGGUCGCAUAUGGUUAUGAGUAUCUAGGCAACACAGGUCGGCUGGUGAUCACACCCCUGACUGACCGCUGCUACCGUACACUGAUGGGGGCACUGCUGUUGAACCUGGGUGGGGCACCUGAGGGGCCGGCAGGGACAGGGAAAACUGAGACAUCCAAGGAUCUUGCCAAGGCUGUGGCUAAACAGUGUGUGGUGUUCAACUGUUCUGAUGGCCUUGACUACCAAGCCAUGGGCAAGUUUUUCAAGGGCCUUGCUCAGGCUGGGGCCUGGGCGUGCUUUGAUGAGUUCAACAGGAUUGAACUGGAGGUAUUGUCAGUCAUAGCCCAGCAGGUACAGACCAUCCAGCGAGCUAUUGCAGAGCAGCUCACCAUGUUUGUAUUUGAAGGAACAGAGAUCUCCCUGGACCCUACAUGUACAAUCUUCAUCACCAUGAACCCCGGAUAUGCCGGCAGGGCAGAGCUGCCGGAUAACCUCAAGGUGUUAUUCCGUACUGUUGCCAUGAUGAUCCCUGACUACGCGAUGAUUGCGGAGAUCUCGCUGUACUCAAUGGGUUUUGUGGAUGCUCGGAGCCUCUCCACCAAGAUUGUGGCCACUUACAAGCUGUGCUCAGAGCAGCUCUCUUCCCAGCACCAUUACGACUACGGGAUGCGGGCGGUGAAGUCUGUUCUCACCGCUGCGGGGAACCUGAAGAUCAAGUAUCCGGAACAGAGAGAGGAUGUGCUGGUGUUGAGGUCCAUUAAGGACGUGAACCUUCCUAAGUUCCUCUCCCAUGACAUCCCGCUGUUUGAGGGGAUCAUCUCUGACCUGUUCCCUGGGGUGGAGCUACCCAAGCCAGAGUAUGAUGCCCUCGAGGCCGCUCUCAUCAAGCAGAUAGAGGCACGAGACCUGCAGGCUGUACAGUAUUUCAUUGACAAGAUCAUACAGGUGUAUGAUAUGAUCCUGGUUCGUCAUGGCCUCAUGAUUGUGGGGGACCCAUUGGCUGGGAAGACCUCCUCAUUCACUGUUCUAGCAGAGGCCCUAGCUGACCUGCAUAGCCAGGGACUCAUGGAGGAGUUUGGGGUAUGGCGCCGCAUAAUCAACCCUAAGGCGGUGACCAUGGGUCAGUUGUAUGGACGGUUUGACCCAGUCUCCCAUGAGUGGACAGAUGGCAUUCUGGCAAACACAUUCCGCGAGCAUGCCUCCAGCACGACUCAUCACAGGAAGUGGAUAAUCUUUGACGGUCCGGUGGAUGCCGUGUGGAUUGAAAACAUGAACACUGUGCUGGAUGAUAACAAGAAGUUGUGCCUGAUGAGUGGUGAGAUCAUCCAGAUGAGCAACAAACAGAACAUGAUCUUUGAGCCCCAGGAUUUGGAGCAGGCCUCCCCAGCCACUGUCAGCAGGUGUGGCAUGAUCUACAUGGACCCCCUACAGCUGGGCUGGGAACCACUGGUCAAGUCCUGGAUGAACACUAGUCUCGUCGACCUGAAACUCAACCAGGAACAGAAAGAUACUAUACAGAUGUUGUUUGAGUGGUUAUUGCCGCCGUGCCUGAACUAUGUGACCAAGUACUGCAAGCACAUCCUGGUUUGCCAUCAGAUGCACCUCACAGCCAGCAUGGUCAAACUAUACCACUGUCUCCUACAGGACGUCAAAAAAAUAGGAGACGAAGAUGACGAUGAUGAAGAUUUAAUGCUUGAGGAGGAAAGCGAGGAUGGUGAAGACACAAGCAAGGCGCCCAGCUUGUCCGAGCAGAAAAUCAUCGAGGAGAAGACAAAUAUGAUCAUCUCCUACUUCCUCUUCUGUAUUGUCUGGUCCGUUGGUGCAACCCUCGACGAAAACUCCCGCAUCAAGUUUGACGCGUAUUUCCGUUCCCUUUGUGAGAUGGAAAGUGUCAAAGAUAAACACCCAAAGGAUGAGGAUAUUGAGAAGCCACAUAGACCUAAGGACCUCAAGUUUUCCCGCGGCCUUAUGAUCCCUAAGCGAGGCCUCAUAUAUGACCAUGUGUACCUGCGGAAGCAGUUUGGGUCAUGGUAUCACUGGAGCUCUCUCCUCACGGCCGUCGACAUUGACGAGAAAACUAAGACCCCAAGAUCAACUACCUCUGACUCCUUAAAGUCCAGAGACAUGUCAGCCGGGUCUAGGACACAUGCAUCCCCCCGCAGGCAGACUUCUCUUGAGCAUGAGAAAUCAGAUGAUUCUCUCAAACUCUUCUCACGCCUGCCUGUGAAACAUUUGAAAGCUGGGCGUUCAACGAUCAAUGAGCUGAUAAUCAAAACUGUGGAAACGGAACGUCAGAAGUAUUUCCUGGAGCGACUGUUGCUUAAUGACAAGCCCUUGCUGCUGGUUGGACCGACCGGCACAGGGAAGAGUGCCAUCACAAACAACUACCUGCUCUCCUUACCAAAAGACCAGUUCAUCAUCAACAAUGUUAACUUCUCUGCUCAGACGUCAGCCAAUCAAACACAAGAUAUAAUAUUCUCCAAACUUGACAGGCGUAAAAAGGGAGUGUAUGGUCCAGCCCCUGGCAAGCGACUCGUGGUGUUUGUGGACGACCUGAACAUGCCCGCCAAGGAGAAGUAUGGAGCCCAGCCGCCCAUAGAGGUUCUCCGACAAUGUAUCGAUCAGGGAUACUGGUUUGAUAGGAAGGACACGAGUAUACUGAACCUUGUGGACCUGAGCAUGUUGUGUGCUAUGGGGCCGCCAGGUGGAGGUCGUAACAACGUCACCCCACGAUUCCUGCGACACUUCAACGUGAUCAGCAUGCUCUCCUUUGAUGAGGAAACAAUGAAAAACAUAUUUUCUCCGAUUGUUGACUGGCACUUUAGAACAUUUGAGAAUACACAUAGGCGAUGGUCAAGGAUUAUAGUGACUGCUACCCUGGAGAUUUACCAGAAGGCCAUUGCUAACUUCCUGCCCACUCCGUCCCGAUCUCACUAUGUCUUCAACUUGCGAGACUUUGCAAGGGUUGUACAGGGAGUGUUACUAUUCAAGUCAGAGGUGAUCCCUGAGGGUCAGGAGGGUUCUCAGAAGAUUAUGCGCCUGUGGAUACAUGAGGUCUACCGCGUCUUCUAUGACAGACUCGUGGAUGAGAAUGAUAGAGACCUCUUCUUCCACAUGGUCAAGCUUUGUGUGGAAUCCCAGUUUAAAGAGAAGAUGAACUCCCUGUUCUCCCACAUCACAGGCGACCCCAAGGCCGACGUCACCGAUGACAACAUACGCUCUCUCAUGUUUGGAGACUACAUGAGCAAGGGCAAAGCAGAGAAACUGUACGAUGAGAUCGAGAAACUUGAUGAGCUGAGGGAGACAAUAGAGCAAUGUUUGGAGGAGUAUAAUAUGAUGAGUAAAGCCCCAAUGGACCUCGUCAUGUUCCGAUUUGCCAUUGAGCACAUCUCGCGUAUAUCUCGAGUCCUCAAACAGCCAAACGGACACUGCCUACUUGUUGGUAUUGGGGGCAGUGGAAGACAGAGUGCCACCCGGCUGGCAGCCUUCAUGUCCGACUUUGAGCUGUUCUCUAUCGAGAUAACAAAGAACUACAAUAUGCCGGAGUGGAGGGAGGACCUGCGUAAGAUGAUGCGAAAGGCAGGGGAUGAAGGGAUCUCUAUGGUCUUCCUGUUUGGAGACCACCAGAUUAAGGAUGAGACAUUUCUGGAGGAUGUGAACAUGAUACUGAACACUGGGGACAUCCCUAACCUAUACGAUAAUGAGGAAAGGCUCGAGAUCAUUGAAAAGAUGCAGAUUGUAUGUCAGAAUGAGAAUUCUCCUCUAGAGCGCACUCCACUCAAUAUGUACAACAAGUUUAUAGAGAGGGUGCGACGUAACCUCCAUGUGGUGCUAGCAUUCUCUCCGAUAGGGGAAGCCUUUAGGAACCGCAUCAGAAUGUUCCCAUCCCUCAUCAACUGCUGUACCAUUGACUGGUUUAAGGCAUGGCCUGAGGAUGCCUUGGAGCUGGUGGCCAACAAGUUCCUGGACGAUGUUGAGAUGACCAAUGAGGUGCGCUCAGAGACUGUCGUCAUGUGUAAACACUUCCAUGAGAGUGUCAGGGCUCUCUCAGAAAAGUUUUACAACACAAUGCGUCGCCGUAAUUAUGUGACCCCCACAUCAUAUCUGGAGCUGAUCAAGACGUUCAAGAAUCUCCUAAAAAAGAAAAGAAUGGAGAUUCUCACACUGAAGAACAGAUACCAGAUUGGACUUGAGAAACUCGAGUUCUCCGAACAGCAAAUCAAUGUGAUGCAGAAGGAGCUGAUAGAGCUGCGGCCCCAGCUAAUUGAAACGAGCAAAGAGACAGAGGAGCUUAUCGCAGUGAUCGAGACAGAGAGCAAGGAAGUGCACCAGGUCAUGGAGGUCGUUGCCGUUGACGAACAAGCCGCACACAAGGCUGCCAGUGAGGCACAGGCUAUCAAGGUGGAGUGUGAGGAAAAGCUAGCCAUUGCAAUGCCAGCCAUGAAUGCAGCCAUCGCUGCCCUCAACACACUGAAGCAGAAUGACAUCAGCCUUGUAAAAUCAAUGACUAACCCUCCCUCAGGCGUGAGGCUUGUGCUGGAGGCUGUCUGCAUCAUGAAGGGGCUGAAAGCUGAUAAGAAGCCCGAUGCUAGUGGGAAAAUUGUGGAGGACUUCUGGCCCGUAGCUAAAAAGAUGCUUGGAGACAUGAAGUUCUUGGAAAGCUUGAAGGAGUAUGACAAAGACAACAUUCCAGCAUCGAUCAUGGUACGAAUACGCAAAAACUACAUCAACAACACAGAUUUUGACCCUGCAAUCAUCAAAAACAGUUCCUCUGCCUGCGAGGGUUUGUGUAAGUGGGUGCGUGCAAUCGAUGUUUAUGACGGUGUGGCUAAGGUUGUGGCCCCUAAGAAGGAGAGUCUAGAUAUGGCUGAGGCUGAGUUGAGUGAACAGAUGGCCAAGUUGAAUAUGAAGAGGGCGGAGCUGAAAGCCAUCACCGACAAACUGAAGGGCCUGCAGGAUAACCUGAAAAGAAAACAGGAUGAAAAACAGAACCUUGAGGACAACAUAGGGCUGACGAAGGUGAAGAUAGAGAGGGCUGAGAAACUCAUCAGUGGCCUGGGAGGGGAGAAGGAGAGGUGGACCAAGAAUGUUGAGGAUUUGAAUGAGACAUACGACAACAUUGUGGGAGAUGUUCUACUGUCAGCCAGUGUAGUUGCCUACCUCGGACCUUUUACCCUUGCCUACAGACAGGACUGUAUCAAGGAAUGGUACACGAUGUGCGUAAACAAGGACAUCCCUGUGUCGGAAAACUUCUCUCUGCACGGCACACUGGGGGACCCUGUCAAAAUACGUGACUGGCAGAUAGCCGGGCUCCCUGUUGACAAUUUCUCAGUGGACAAUGCCCUGAUCGCAACCAGUGCUAACCGAUGGCCCCUGAUGAUUGACCCCCAGGGUCAGGCAAACAAAUGGGUGAAAAACAUGGAGAAGGCAAACAAGCUUGAGGUCAUCAAACAGUCGGACCAGAACUUCACACGCUCCCUGGAGAACUGUGUACAGUUUGGUAACCCGUGCCUGCUAGAGAACGUGGGUGAGGAGCUGGACCCAAUCUUGGAGCCCAUUCUGCUGAAACAGACUUUUAAGCAGAGCGGGCUGGACUACAUGAGGAUUGGUGAUCAGGUGGUUGAGUGUAGCAAGGACUUCAGAUUCUACAUCGCCUCACGCAUGAGGAACCCGCACUACCUACCUGAGGUCUCCGUAAAGGUGACCCUGCUGAACUUCAUGAUCACUCCCCUGGGUCUGGAUGACCAGCUGCUGGGCAUUGUGGCCGCCAAGGAGAAGCCAGAGCUUGAGGAGAAGAAGAACCAGUUGAUUGUGGAAAGCGCCCACAAUAAACGCCAGCUCAAAGAGAUUGAGGACAGGAUUCUUGAGGUCCUCUCAGAAUCUGAGGGUAACAUUUUGGAAGAUGAGACUGCAAUUGAAGUUAUGUCCUCCAGUAAAGCGCUGUCUCUGGAGAUAUCAGAGAAGGAGAAAAUAUCUUCCAAGACCGAGGUGGAGAUCGAUGAAGUCAGGAAUGGAUACAAACCUGUGGCGAAGCAUGGCAGUAUCCUGUUCUUCACAAUCUCGGACCUGGCCAACAUUGACCCCAUGUACCAGUACUCUCUCACUUGGUUCAUCAACCUUUACCUACAGUCGAUCCUGAACAGCCAGCCAUCCCAGAAGCUGGAGACGAGAAUCAUGAAUCUGAAUGACCACUUCACAUACAGUAUCUACAAGAACGUGUGUCGCUCACUAUUUGAGAAGGAUAAACUUCUCUUCUCCUUUAUCCUCUGUAUUGGCAUUGCUAAGUCUAAAGGUCUGAUUGAUGACCUAGAGUGGCGGUUCCUGCUUACAGGGGGUGUUGCUCUGGAGAAUCCCUUCCCCAACCCCGCCCCAACCUGGCUGGCAGACAAGUCCUGGGGCGAGAUGGUGCGGGUCACUGAUCUGCAAGCUUUCAAGGGAUUUAUGGAACAGUUCAAAGAAAAUAUCUCUUCAUGGAAGAAGCUGUAUGACUCUCCAUCCCCCCAGACUCAGCCCCUUCCCGAGCCCUGGGAGAGCAGACUCACAAAGCUACAGAGACUGAUAGUGCUCCGGUGUCUACGACCUGACAAGAUGGUGUCUGCUGUCCAAACAUACAUCCAGGAAGAGAUGGGUCGCCAGUAUAUUGAGCCCCCAACCUUUGACCUCUCACUCAGCUACGAGGACUCCAACUUCUCCUCACCACUCAUCUUUGUCCUCUCUCCUGGGGCUGACCCUAUGGCUGGGCUCUUCAGGUUCGCAGAGGAAAAAGGUGUAAUUUCCCGCAUAAACUAUUCCCGUCAAUCGACGCGACUAAGCGACAUUGGGGAAAAAGCCAAUUCAACUAAACCCUCAAAAUCCCUUGCCCCACCCACUCAUGGGAAGGGACGCAUGGCUGAGGCUGAUAGGAGAAGAAGAGUGUCCAGCUUAUUUGGUGCUGACUCAGCAGUUAUUAUCGACCAAGAGCGUUUAGCACGAACAGGUAGCAAGGCGUUGCAAACAAUAUCUCUGGGCCAGGGUCAGGGGCCAUUUGCGGAGAAGAUGAUAAUGGAGGCGAUAGAGGCAGGAACCUGGGUUGUCCUGCAGAACUGCCACCUAGCCGCCUCCUGGCUGGGCGAGCUAGAACGAAUCUGCGAAACUGUAAUAACUGAUCCAGCACGCACGAAGGACAGUUUCAGGCUGUGGUUGACCAGCUACCCAUCACCCGUGUUCCCCGUAUCCGUGCUUCAGAAUGGGGUCAAGAUGACCAACGAGCCUCCCAAGGGUCUUCGGGCGAACCUCCUCAGAUCGUACCUCAAUGACCCCAUCUCGGACCCCACAUUCUUUAACUCAUGCAAUAAACCUGUGGUAUUUGAGAAGCUGUUGUUUGGUCUGUGUUUCUUCCACGCCCUAGUUCAGGAGCGCCGCAAAUUUGGUGCUCUCGGAUGGAACAUUCCUUACGAGUUCAAUGAAUCUGAUCUACGCAUUUCUGUUCGCCAACUUGAGAUGUUCAUCAACGACUAUGACAUGCCACCACUGGAGGCCCUCACCUACCUGACUGGGGAAUGUAAUUACGGAGGUCGAGUAACUGACGACCUUGACCGACGUCUCAUCAUCAGUCUCCUCAAAAACUUUUACUGCACGGAGGUGAUAGAGGAUGAUGGUUACCUAUUCUCCAGCAGCGGCAUGUACUUUGCCCCGCCUAAAGGCUCCUACGACAGCUAUGUACAGUACAUCAGAAGUCUUCCACUUAUUCCACACCCAGAGGUAUUUGGGCUACAUGAGAAUGCGGAUAUCACUAAGGACCAACAGGAGACCCAGCAGCUGUUUGACAGUAUUCUACUCACCCUACCAAGACAGCCUAAACAGAAUGACAGCUGGAGCAUUUAUAAUGCAGCUAAAAUUUAUAGAGAUAGCAGUAUUUUCAGAAAAAUGAGUGGUGGGGGCAAGUCGUCACAGGACGUCAUAGAGGAGCUAGCCAGUGACAUCUUAUCUAAGAUACCGCCAGACUUCAACCUGGAGGAAGUGCAGGCUAAGUACCCAGUUCGAUAUGAGGAAUCAAUGAACACAGUGUUGGUUCAGGAGCUGAUUCGGUUUAAUCGGUUGAUCCAAGUGGUUCGAUCAAGCCUGCAGGACAUUCGCAAGGCCAUCAAGGGUCUUGUACUCAUGUCCGGUGAACUAGAGGACAUGUUCGACAGCAUGAUGGUUGGCAAGGUGCCUGCUAUGUGGGCGGCCAAGAGUUACCCAUCCCUGAAGCCCCUGGGCAGCUACAUCACAGACCUGCUUGCCCGCCUUUUGUUCUUCAAAGAGUGGAUCUUCUCGGGGAGCCCGAUUGUUAAGUGGAUUUCGGGUUUCUACUUUACCCAGUCAUUCUUGACGGGUGUCCUACAAAACUACGCUCGUAGGUACCAGAUACCCAUCGACCACCUGGGCUUUGAGUUUGAAGUCAUGACCCAUGACACAUCAAUGCCCCAGAAACCUACCAAUGGUGCGUAUGUCCGCGGCUUGUUUAUGGAGGGUGCUCGCUGGGACCGCACCAGGAAACAGAUCAACGAAUCACACCCCAAAAUACUUUACGAGACUGUCCCUAUUAUAUGGUUAAAACCAGGAAAUACAGAGGAGUUUGAAAACAAGGCCAGCUACAGCUGUCCAGUGUACAAGACGAGUGCACGUCGUGGACAGUUGUCCACUACUGGUCACUCAACCAACUGGGUGAUGAACAUCAAGUUCCCGUCUGACAAGCCGGAGAACCACUGGAUCAACCGCGGGGUCGCCUGUCUCUGCCAGCUGGAUAACUAGCCGGCUGAGUCCUGUGCUUGUGUAAAAUUGUUCAAGGACACAUUUAAAAUCAAGUUUUUAUUGUAAGAGCAUAUAUUAUUGUCACCGAUAUUAUUACAAAUUGCAUUGAUUUCACUCAUCUUAAAUGAAAAACAAAGAAAUUGGUCCAUUUCAACUGUUGACCAUUACUAGGGUAGUUACCAUUGUGACAUGUUGUGUGUGAUGUUUUGUUCUCCCUUUGGACGCGCUAUCUUCAUUAUCGGCAAAAUAUAGACAAAAUCAGAAAUCUGUUGCAUCUCCCAGGGUGCACAAGCUUUCCUUCAUGUUCAUACAAGUUGAAGUCAACAAUGGUAAUUUGUGGUUUAGGAAAAUGGAACAGAAUUGCGUACAGCUUAGAUCAAUGUUUCUUUGACUUAUGUAGACUAUGAUGCCUGUUAUUGGUUCAUCUUAGUGCUUAAAGGUUUAAGUAGAAUGUACAUGUAGCUGGUUUUACAUUAUGUGUCUGUUAUCGGAACUAGUUUUUGUAGCAAUAUAUUUUGUUUAUUACAUUGUUAAAACAUAUUCAAGCCAAAAGUUAUUCUGUAAGAAUAUAUUCUGUCUGUGAUAAAUAUCUUUAUUUUCCUUUUUAAAUGUUAAAAACAGUUAUAUAUGUGCAUUUAUGUAUACUCACAAUGCAUUUUAUGAGGCCAAAGUAAGAUAAUUAUUUGCAGAUGCCAGUGAAUAAUUAUACCAGUUAAAUGGAAAUGAUAUCUAAUGUAUCAUGAAUUAUAUAUAUAUAAUGACCUAUUAUAUUUUAUAUUACUUAUGUUAAAGUUUAUUCUGCAAAUAUUUUGUAUCCGUCCAUCCUUUUUACAGUGUACUUUUAAUCUGCAAUAUUUGAACUCCUUUUCCAAAAGUUUGUAACUCUUUAUUUUCUUCGUGCAAUUUAUGAUCAUGUUAUAUUAUUGUGAUUAAUGUUAUAUUAUUUCAAUUUAUGAUCAUGUUAUAUUAUUGCAAUUUAUUAUCAUUUUAUAUUAUUGUGAUUUUUGCAAGCUCUUGUAAAUGUUAAAAGUAUAGUACAUUGAACGAUAUGCUCCUGCAAAGUGUACUCUGAAUAUUGAUGUUACUGAUUAUGAUUGUUUGUUUAUUUAUUUUCUAGAAUCAUCAUUAUAAACACAAUGUAAAAUUGAUUGAAUACUAUUGUUACUGUGUAUGUUUAUAUUUUUACAUUUUGGAAUAAAACAGAAUUAGAUUCAGA